GCCCAAUGGACGUCUCAAUGAUUAGAGAGGCGGGGCCAGACCUACCGACCCUGGAGAGCGGCUAGUGCCCAGGGCCAAGAAGAUGGCGGUCCUGGCACCUUUAAUUGCUUUGGUGUAUUCGGUGCCGCGCCUUUCACGGUGGCUGGCCCGACCUUACUACCUUCUGUCUGCCCUGCUCUCUGUUGCCUUCCUACUCGUGAGGAAGCUGCCCCCGGUCUGCCACACUCUCCCCACGCAACGCGAAGAUGGCAACCCGUGUGACUUUGACUGGAGAGAAGUAGAGAUCCUGAUGUUUCUCAGUGCCAUUGUGAUGAUGAAGAACCGCAGAUCCAUCACUGUGGAGCAGCAUAUAGGCAACAUCUUCAUGUUUAGUAAGGUGGCCAAUGCAAUUCUUUUCUUCCGCCUGGAUAUUCGCAUGGGCCUGCUUUACAUCACACUCUGCAUAGUGUUCGUGAUGACGUGCAAACCUCCUCUGUACAUGGGCCCUGAAUACAUCAAGUACUUCAAUGAUAAAACCAUUGAUGAAGAGCUCGAGCGGGACAAGAGGGUCACUUGGAUUGUGGAGUUCUUUGCCAAUUGGUCUAGUGACUGCCAAUCAUUUGCUCCAAUCUAUGCAGACCUCUCCCUCAAGUACAACUGUACAGGGCUCAAUUUUGGGAAGGUGGACGUUGGACGCUACACUGAUGUUAGUACACGGUACAAAGUGAGCACAUCACCUCUCACCAAGCAGCUUCCUACCCUGAUCCUGUUCCAAGGUGGCAAGGAGGUCAUGCGGCGGCCACAGAUUGACAAAAAAGGACGAGCUGUCUCUUGGACUUUCUCUGAGGAGAACGUGAUCCGAGAAUUCAGCUUGAAUGAACUGUAUCAACGGGCCAAGAAGCUAUCGAAGGCUGGAGAUAAUAUUCCUGAGGAGCAGCCUGUGGCCCCAACUCCCUUAGUAGUGCCAGAUGGGGAAAGCAAGAAGGACAAAUAGGCUCCCUGCCUUGUCAGUGCCUCUGGUCAAUCCCCGGCACCUUUGAGGCCCUGCCCCUUCUGUAACCACAAGCCCGAGGCCUCUGCCUUUUAUUUAUGUUUUCCCUGUUUGGCUGUGCCUGGGUAGGACAGGGUGCUGCUUCUGGUUUUAAAGAAGCAUCCAGGGAAUUGACAGGUACUCCUCCAGGAAGGCCUCCACUGCAGUGGCCAGCUGUUUCACUGGAGGGAGAUAGCUCAUGUGAUGGAGGAGGAAAUGCUUUCCUUCCAAACUUGGGUCAGUGUGUCAAGUGCUGUCCGCCACUCACAUCUCCAUUAUUCCUUAGUGGACAUACACAGACUACUUAAACCCUAAUAUAAGAUGCCAGGGUACAGAAUCAACGCUAAGAUUUUUCCCAGGACCCUAACCUCUUUAGGCCCUUCUGGCUUGGUCUGUGGCCUUCAUUAGAAAAUAUAAACCUAAUCUUGUCACUGGUCCCAAGGAGAAACCGUUAACCGCAGGGUUUUCUCAUGAAGAUAGUAUUGAAUAAUGUUUGAUGGAGACCGGGAGGAAGGGGAAUAGAGGUUUGAGACCUUCCUUUGGCGUGGUGGGCCUGGGGAAGAAAGCCCCCCUGGGCAGGAUUGGGGUUUCACUUACCCUCCUAUCUAUCCCCCCACACCCAGUUAGUUGAUGGUUUCCCAUAAUAAAGAGACUGGGAUUUCCUUUUGA